AUGGAAGAUCUGAACGAUCUCAGAUAUUUAAAGCUCUUACAAACAUUGUUCAUAAUAUACAUAUCAAGCUUUAAAUUUUCAGCAUGUGAAAUCAAGAAUACAUAUAUUGUUGAUGAUUCAAGGAAAAUAAUAUUAAUAGAGAGAUUUGGUUUUGCACCUGAUGGACAUGUAAACAUUUCUCUAGACCAUGUUUCUUGGAGAUCAAAUGAACCAGCUGCGAAGCUUUAUCCUUCUUCGAUGGGAUUUUGCCUUGUUAGAGAUAUAUCAUUUCCAAGACUCUUGAACGAGUCUAGUUAUAAAGAGAACUUUUGUGUUUUAUCUAGUAAGUAUGUAAAUCUUGUUCUUAGAUUUGACAAGCUUGGCCCCGAUUCAUCCUACAACACGUCAACCACUAUCGAUGAGCCUGAUGAGUACAACUUGAUUUUUGGCAUUUGUCAAAAAGAAUUUCUUGUGACAAUGAAUUUGCAUACCGAAAUGUACAAUGUGAAUAAUAAUUGGGAGAAAGAUUUUCUUCCAGCUGGCCAGACUCUAUUGCCGAAACUUUAUUUUCUUUUUUUUAUUGUUUAUUUUGUAUUCAUGGUCGUAUGGGGAUUCAUUUGCAUUAAGCAAAGGGAAGUUGUUCAGAAGAUCCAUAUGGUCAUGGCUGCAUUAUUGGUUUUCAAGGCUUUGAAGAUGAUAUGUGCUUCAGAGGAUAAAAUGUACAUUAGAAAUACAGGGAAGGCCCAUGGUUGGGAUGUCGCAUUUUAUAUUUUUGGAUUCUUGAAAGGUGUAACACUUUUCACUGUCAUUGUCCUUAUUGGAACUGGUUGGUCUAUCUUGAAACCUUUCCUCCAUGACCGUGAAAAAAAAGUUCUAAUGUUUGUGAUCCCCUUACAAGUUAUCGAAAAUAUAGCUUCGAUUGUUAUAAGUGAAGGUGGACCUGUUGAGAAGCAUUGGUUUGGGAUUGCUGUGAUAGAAAGUGUGGUGAGUUACAUGCAUGAAUGGGUUGCUACUAUUGCUGCUGAAGUUUUUUGA